AUGGCCCCGGAAGAAGAAUUUGGCUUCUUGCGGCCUUCCUGCAACGAGGAAUAUGAACCGGCCUACCGAACACCCUCGUCAUACAAUCCCCUUCACACCUUCCGGCUGCCUAUGGGCAACGAUCGACACUACCAGCAGCAAUAUGAUGACAUGUACUUCUUGCGCCUCGCUAAACUGAAGCCGGCUGUCGAACAAGUUGCUGCGGCGGCAUGGGAUGGAUUCAGCAUUGCGGGCGAGAAUGCGCGGCGCGUGGACCGAGUACUGGAUGUGCGACAGGGUGAGCUUUGCUGGGUAGCCGGCACGAUCUAUAUGGAUAUGCCCUUGAAGCCCAACAUUUUGGACGACUUGACUAAAGAGAACUUCACGUCCGCUCCUCCUCCGCGCCGCACGUAUACCGAUCCUUCGAACCCAUCUGCUACCGUAAUCAUGAUGGAGGAUGAAUCAGGCCGUCUCCGCCUGACUGGUGCAAUGCUCACAUCCGUACAGCUGGCCACGGGUGCUAUCAUCGCGGCUUUGGGAACCGAGAAUUCGGAUGGUGAAUUCGAGGUGCUCGACAUUAAAGUUCCGGAUUUGCCCCCGCAGCCUCAACGGUGGGAGAGAGAUGGAGCAGAUAGGAAACAAAAUGGAACGGACGCGGGUUCAAAGGAAGGCGGCAAAAUUGCAUUCGUCAGUGGACUAGGCAUCACCGGGACAUCGAGCGAUACACUCGCAUUGGAACUGCUCACAGAUUAUCUUUUGGGAUACACUGGCUUCUCAGAAAACGAAGAAAACAGCCCGUCUGUGAAUGCGUCAAAGAUCACUCGUCUCAUCAUCGCCGGCAACUCUCUCGGAGCCAGCAUCACCACAGAGGCAGUGUCGGCGGGCUCUGACGCGGCUGCUAAGAAGAAGCUUGUACCAAAAAAAUACGGCUACGAUGCCUCUGCAUACAAUGCAUCUCCAAUCACAACACUCGACAAUUUCCUCGCGGAGAUUCUCCCCAGCAUUCCCGUGACACUCAUGCCGGGUGAUAAAGACCCAGCAAACUUCUCUCUUCCCCAGCAGGGCAUUCACCGCGCCAUGUUCCCGCAAUCUCGCGCGUACUGUGCGCCUCCUGCAUCCGGGGACGAUAAGCAAGAACCAGGCUGGUUUGACAGCGUCACUAAUCCAUGGGAGGGCGACGUGGAAGGGUGGCGUGUGUGGGGAUGCAGUGGCCAAAAUGUCGACGACGUGCUCAGGUACCUGGAUUUCCCUAUUGAAGACAGCAGUCUUGAUACAGAAAGAGAGGACUCCGAGGCUCGGCUACAGAUCAUGGACGCCAUGUUGCGAUGGCGGUGCGGCGUCCCCACCGCCCCUGAUACAAUCUGGUCAUACCCAUUCCAAUCCGUCGACCCAUUCGUUCUCGAAUCUUGCCCGCACAUCUUCUUCGCUGGCAACCAACCCAGCUUCAAGACCACUACGAUCGAGAGCAAAAUUCCCCUCCGCCUUGACGGGGGUGACACCGAGAUGUCCGAUAUCCCCGGUAGUACGGUGGCUCGUGUACGUAUGCUUUCCAUUCCCAAGUUUAAGGAAACUGGAGAAUUGGUUCUUGUCGACACCGAGACUCUGGAUGUUGAGGUGAUUCGAUUUGGUACUUUUGCGGGACAGGAAGAGAAAAAGUGA